GUUUUUCGUAGAUAUAACUUUGUUUCUAGAGAUGUCAAAUUAAGGAUAUGAAGUUUUGUUAUAGGACAGAAUUGGGGCAGGCUAUUUGCUUCAGGGAAAAAUUUGAUGUAGCGGUUGCCAGAGCGGUUGCGGAAAUGAGAGUUUUAUCUGAAUACUGUCUUCCUCUGGUUUGCGUUGGCGGUUUGUUUGUUGCUGCAAAGGGCCACGAUCCUCAGGAGGAAGUUAGGAAUGCAGAAAAAGCAAUUCAGAUUUUGGGUGCUUCCGUAUUGAAACAAUGCACAGUGGAAUCGCACAGCCCAUAUGGACAAAGAACUGCCAUCGUGUGUUUGAAAACUUUUCCUACACCAUGGAAGUAUCCUCGCGAUCCAGGUACUCCAGAGAAAAUACCAUUGUAAAAUAAUUCAGAUGCCCCCAGUUCAAAUGUUAUAUAUAAUUGGCUUGGUGUUCCUUCCCCUUUCAUCAGUUAUUUAUGUAACACCUUCUGCUUUGGAAAUGAAAUGCGACAUUCUGCAA